AUGAAUAAAAAUUCGACGAGUGAUGAUGCUAUCUCAGUUGAGAAUUCACCUGCUGCACAACAUCCUCAUGUUGACAAUGAGCAACGUGAAAACUCAACGCAAAAUGAAUUUAAUUCAGCAGAAUGUGCCACUGCUACUAAUACAACAAAGAAGUGGUCAAUGACUCCGACACCUUUAGAAUUUUCGCAUUGGUCGCGACAUCGAUCUUCAAUUGGUGCAGGUGCAUUUGCUGUAUUCACAAUUAUAGCAAUGAGUAUUGGUAUAUUGACUGUUUGUUUCACUUCACCAAAAGCUACUGGUAUGUUCUUUUUUAUUAAUAUGUUAGCCACUUUCUAUAGAUAA